CGAUUUUUAUUUUUCUCAGUGUAUAUGUUUUUAACAAUGGUGGCAAUAGUAGUUCAUCUGUUUUGCGGCUAGCUUCAUGGUGUAGUUUAAAUGACCCAUUUAAGUCAAAUUAACAUGGUUUAAAACACGAAAUAUAAAAUUCAACACAAAGAUCUUCAAAUGCAAGCUCACGCAGAACUGCUAACAAAACCGAAGAACAUGGCAGAGGAUCUAUCUGGAGUGACUGUGAUUAUAAUAAUAGGGGCUGGAUUUUUGACGUUUAUACUGUUGUUUAUAUUUGCCAAAAGACAAAUAAUGCGGUUUACGCUGCGAUCGCGUCGUGGGCCCCAUGUGCAAGUCGGUUUGGACGCUUCAAAAGUAUUAAAAAAAGAGAUUGAACGGAGGUUUGAUUUAAUUGGUAAAAUCAUAUGCGAACCCCAAUUGAUAAGCAAAACUGAUCCAAGGUAUAUUGUGUGCCCUGGUCAGCAAAUUCCCGCGCAUUAUUACAGACUUAAAGCUGUUGAUGAUGUCAAAAUAUUGGAGGGCGAGAUCACAAAGCAAGACAGUUGUUUGGUAAGGAAUCCUGGUGAAAAUCUAAGAGGUUAUUUAUUAACUACCCUGGCAGCUCCUUUAAAUGGUAGUGGACAAAGACUAAUACACCAGUUUUGCGAUUUAUAUGAACAUGCUAGACAUGACCCUAAUCAUUUUGGGGAUGAGGAAUAUCAGCAGUUUACAAGAUUACUCAUGAAGCUGGUUGAUGCUGCAAAGCUCCUAAGAUCUUAUAACAGCAGAAAAUCAUCGCCGAAUCGUACGCCGCAGAAAAAACAGCAGAUACACGAAAAAAACAAAAAUCUCUUGGACCCAACAAGAUUACACCCCAAUCCACCACCUCCAUGUCUACCAACUGAAGAAAUAUUAAGUGUUUCUGAAAGGGUUGAUUCAAGGCCAACUACUUUGACAGUUGCAGUACCAGAAAGAGAAAAUACGGAAACGUCAGUUUAAGGCAAUAUUGUGUGUGGACCUAGGUGUUAGGCUGUGAGUGUUGCAUUUUAUCACUUAUUUAUUAUGUGUACCCAAGAGCCAAGCUGUAUAAGUCCACUUUUUUAAAUCAAAUUACAAAUUUGUUGUCUACAUUUUUCUGAACUUU